GCGUGAUCGGUCCACGGACAGGAGGGAGCAGCUUGAGCUCUGUGUUUGUGAGCUGCAGCCUGCACGACUGCAGCUUAAUGUGGAUGAGACACACAACCUGUCUGCUUUGGAUUUUGAUUUCUGUGAACGUGUCGGUAUAAUGCCGCUGCUGCUGCUGCUGCUGAGGACGCGCAGCUGAAACGUGAAUCUCGCGGAUCCAGCCGGUGUGAGAGGAGAGGUGAACGCACCUUGCAUCCAGCCAUGGGGGGUCAGAUCACCAGGAACACCCUCUACGAUUCUCUGAACGGCCCUUUUCCCAUCACGUCCCACCGAUGUCACCACAAACCAAAGCGCUGCCUUCCCAUCCAGCGAUGCAGGAGUUUGUCCGCCUUCCCUCUGCUCUUCCACCCCAGUACCAAAGGCUCACAGAUCGUCAUGGACAUGUCUCAGAGGACCGUCAAGAGACAGGCCAGCUUCUGCAACGCUAUCACCUUCAGCAACAGGCCUAUCGCUGUGUACGAGCAGGUUCGCUUAAAGAUCACCAAGAAACAGUGCUGCUGGAGCGGCGCCCUGCGUCUUGGUUUCACAACCAAAGAUCCAUCGAGGAUCAACCCAGACACCUUACCGAAGUAUGCCUGCCCCGACCUCGUCUCUCAGAGCGGCUUCUGGGCCAAAGCCCUGCCGGAAGAACUCUCAAAUGAGGGCAACAUCAUCUCCUUCUGGGUGGACAAGAAGGGCCGGGUGUUUUACCGAAUCAACGACUCCAGCCCAAUGGUUUUCUUCUGCGGGGUGCACGUCUCUGAACCUCUGUGGGCUCUCAUAGACGUCUACGGCCUCACCAGAGGGGUCCAGCUCUUAGACAGUGAGAUGGUCCCGCUGGACUGCAUGCGUCCUCAUUCUUUCACUGCCGCCCACCGGGCCUCCAUUCAGAGAAACGCUGAUGACCCACGUCUUUCCAUCAGCCUGUGUGACCUCAGCCUGCAGCAGCAGGAGGCAAAUCUGGAUGAAGAUGAUGAGGAAGAAGAACAGCUACAACCCCUGAGCUCCUCCUCCUGCCAUGUGCCCCAAAACUCUCAAAACUCACAGCAGUGUUCGUUGCUGCCCAGCCAUUUAGACAAUGAUCUGCACUUCCACUCGGUGCAUGGCGUACAUGUUACGGCGCUGGAUAAGCACACGGUGGCGAGGCUUGAUCACCGUGGCGACGAGAGGACCCUGGUGUUCACCAGCCGCCCAAUGCGCUGCUCAGAGACUGUGUUUGUGAAGGUGAAGGCGGGCGUCACACGGCCAGGGUGUCUUUCUUAUGGUGUGACAUCAUGUGACCCUGCCACCCUGAGGCAGAGUGAUCUCCCUUCUAAUCCAGACUCCCUGGUUGACCGCAAGGAAUUCUGGGCCGUGUGUAGGGUGGGGAUGCCGCUACACAAUGGAGACAUCUUGGGCUUUGUGGUGAACGCAGAAGGGGAAGUCAUGUUGAGCCACAAUGGGAUCAGUGCAGGGAUGCAGCUGUGUGUCGACAACUCGAGGCCUCUCUGGAUGUUCUACGGUCUGCACGGCACCAUCACACAACUCAGGAUCUUAGGCUCAUCUUCACACCCAGACCUCCGAGGCCCCUCGGUUCCCAGCUCCCCAUCCUGUACACCCAACACCCCCACAAUGUUUUGCAGCGGCAACUCCGAGGCCAACCUGAACAUGAACAUCAACCUCAAUUCAAGCCUAAAUGCCAACUACAACGCAGUCUUUUCUUCCUCUACAGGUACAACCUCAAGCUCUCCAUUCUCCAGCCAGCCAGAUUCCCCAACCUUUCAAUCCAGCUCAGGCUCUUGGAGUGACGAAUGCACCAUUUGCUACGAGAAUGUGGUGGACACCGUCCUCUAUGCCUGUGGACACAUGUGUCUCUGCUACACCUGUGGCCUAAAGCUUAAGAAGAUGGCCAAUGCGUGCUGUCCCAUCUGCAGGAGGACAAUCAAAGAUAUCAUCAAGACCUACCGGAGCACAUAGGACUGUGCAAGAUAACGGUCAGGUUCAGCUCAAGAGGUUGUCAAAGCCAUUUAGAACUUUUUAAAGGAAGACACAGCACAAGUGAAAGCCCCACUUGAAAUCUGGCUCAGGUAUGCUACAGCAGGACUUUAACUCAGUCAUUUAAACAUUUUAUAUAAGCAAUGUCUAAUCGCAUCCUCGAAAAGCUCACAGUAGUUCCUACCAGAGACCCAAGCAAUGAGAUUUAUCAGUCCAUGGAAACAGUGUGAUUCUUGGAAACAAAAUAUUUGCUACUUCAAUUAAUUGCAGAAAGGACCAAAAACACUUUGACCUAAUGUUGUAUCGUCCAGGGACUCUGAUCUGUGUGUCUAUGGAAUAGAGAGUAAUCCGAAGAGACAUUUGACCUAUUUCUUUCAGAACAAGGGAUGCUAGCUCAUGCACAAAUGCAGGCAAAAUUUGUAUCGUGCUUAGAAUUGCCAAGUGGGGUGAACCACGUAUACUUCUUGGCCAAUGGUUGAGGAGUAUGCUUUGCCGGGUAAAGUUCAACCUGGUUGAACUCCACACAACGUGAUGCAUAUUUUCUUUGAAAACAGAGUUAAUGGUUUUUAUUGGUUCCUUCACUCAUAUGGAUUGGAAAACAACAGAAGCGAUUAGUCUCCAAUGUUAUUAUGUUUGGGAAGAGAUGAAAAAGAAACAAGGUAAUAAUACCUUUGGUUUAAAUGGCUGCUUGCCAGAUAUUUCUGGGUUUAAAGUGUCAUUACAAGUAGGAAUCAAUCUUCUCAGUUUCCAAUUCAGAAAGAAAGUUAAGAUAGUUUUGUUUGAGUUUUUCUAGAGGGCAGUGAGGAAUGAGGAAAAGGACGACAUGUUUGUGUGCAGAAACUUGGUAACACUUCUAAAAGAAGCCAUUUUUAAAUUCAGAGAGAACUCUCCUCCAAAUAAAACACGAAAUAAUGACUAAACCUAAUGGAAAAUUAAAUCCUUUAAGGAUGUGUAAUAAAUGAAGUGUUUUACCAGAUUACCUGCUGCCUGUGGUAGUUCUGUUAACUUCAGGCACGGUGAGAUUGUGCUAAGGAUGAGUGUUGUCACCAUAGAAGGUCACACUCGCAGUUGAAUGAGCAUUUGAAUCAGUGAUGAGGGAGCGAGGGAGGAGGUCGGAGAGAGGAUGUCAUAUGUUUGGGAUGGAGACAGGGGAGGAAGGGCAAUUUUUGCUAUGCGUCUGCUCAUCGUUUCACACUAAGAAAGUGUUUGCUCACUCCUGCACUGCAGAUACAUGAGAAGAUUGUCUUUGAGCCUGUAAAAUGAGGGACUUGCAUGGUUUGCAUGUCCUUAUUCUUGGCAGACGUCCCAGCCAUCUCUGGCUGCAGUAACUGGAUACAAAUCUUUCAAAUUAACAUCGGUGGGCAGAGGAGUAUUUUUAAAACGCUGAAAAAAAAAGCACAUAUACGGAUAAAAUCAAACUUGUUCUCAUUGCAAGAAACCACCAUUAUGAUACAGGUGGCUUUUGUAUCUUCAGGUUUUACAUGUCUCUUUCAUAUGUACUUUAAAUAAGAAUAUCUGCUUUCAGUUAUGAUGUGUAUCAGUUCACCGUGGAAAAUUUAAGCGUGUGCUGUCAGUGACAAACAUGUAGCUUGCUAUUGUGGGACAUUGUGAAAAUUACUUUGCAUAUCAGUUUCUGAGUGCUGCUCUCCGUCAGUAAAAGCAUACACCAAGGACAUUUUCAGUUCUCAUGCAUUAUGUACUGCUUUUGAAUCAUUAAGAAGCUAUUUUCAGGUGUUAUUUUGGACUUGCUGAACAUUACUCAAUCUGUGAAGUAGUAAGUGCUGAUUUGUCGCUUUUAAAAGGUGUUGAAGCUUGUCAUCUCACCACUUUGGAGGGAGAAUUAAGCAGUUAAGUUGUACAAAUUUGAGUAUCUUGUGUGCCUUUUGAUGAGAAGUCUGGACAAAUGCUGGUGUGUGAAAGGCUCCUCACUGUGAAAACCAGGAGGAACUCUGAGGUUCAUAUUCAUCUAAAAAGUCACUGUGGUUGGGAUGUAAGCAGGUGUAACCACACAACCUACCAACGCUAAGCUGUCAUGUCUGACUAAGAAACAAACCUUUUUAGUGUGCUUAAUAUCAGUCCGUGAAUUGAUUCACUGCUGAGAUGAAAUGUUUAAGUACUGCCUUUUCCCUUCUGUCACUCAGUUUUUAAUACUGGAACAUUUUGCUCAGCCCUUAAAAGUUUUACCUUUUUUUUUUUCGUCCUCUGACCAAAUAUGACUUACAGUAUAAAAUUGUAAAGGAUUUUUGAUAGACAAAUGAUAUUGAUUGUGUGUAAGAUUACCUGUACAUUAGGUUUAUUUAUUUUGUCAAUGUUACUAUUAAAAAAGUAUCACUGUUUGUUUUUCUAUGUAUGGCUACAGCGUCCAAAAAGUGGGAUAUUGUUUAUUUCAUUGUUGUAUAAUUAAAGGUUGAAGAUAA